AUGGAUUAUGUCAGUGUCACUCACAUUGUUGUGGAACAUGUCACCAUAUGUUGCAGUUAUCAGCUGGAGUAUCACAAAGAGCAGGAAUAUUCAGAAGAACAAUCAUCAUUGGUGAACAAAGCCUACAGAACGCUGCAGAAACCUCUAAGUCGGGCCGUCUACGUGCUGGAGCUGCGAGGGGUUUUGCUGGAGGAAGGUACAGAUGCCACCGCGGACCCCAUGUUUCUCCUUGAGGUCAUGGAGAUCAACGAGAGCCUCGCAGAGACGUGGAGCCAAGACGAGGUCAGCGCUAUCGGGCAGUCUGUGCGAGAGAAACUGAAAGACUUGACUGAACGGAUGAACUCAUCCCUGAACAAAGGGGAUCUGCUGACCGCCAAAGAGCUCCUGGCCCAAAUGAAGUACUUCACAAAUAUAGAGGAGACGGUAAAAGACAGAAUUGCUGAGGGACAAUUGUAA